AUGCCGCGGCGGACGCGGCUUGAAAAACACCAUUUGAUAUGGUUGCCCGCCGCACGUCGCAUGCAAAUGUUGUUUGCAAUUGUCUUCUUCGGUCGCGGAGCCUUGCAGCGGCACCCAUUUCGUACGUGUGGUCACGGCCGCGCGGACGCUCGCGACCGAUGUGCCAGCGUCAACAACGACGCCCAGAACGUCGUGGGCAGCGUCGCAGACGACGUCAAUGCUUGCCGCGAGGACGGCGGGCGCAUCGUCGCGCGACGCUUCGUGGCCCACGAUGCAGUAGCUCCGGCGUGUGGGGACGUGUUCGAUGCGGUAGGUUGGCAUCGUCACGUCGUGUGGCAGCGGCGGCGCACCACGAUCCAACAGCGUGCACGUCGCGUUGUGAAUGUAGAGCGAGGCGCCGGCGCAGUAGCCGGACACUGUCUCGUAGCCGGUCAAGUCGGGCACGGCCGCGUCGACGGCGUGGAUAAGGCACGGCUGCGUGGUCUCGAGGACCGACCACUCGUCGCUGCACGACGCGCCGUGGGUGCCGUUAAGGAGUGUACCGUUAUUUGUCUCCUUGGUGCCAUGGAGAGUAAGGAAAGCAGGCCCCGUGGCGGCAGCGCUGCUCAGUGCUAG